AUGGCCAAGCGCCUUUUGAACCACUCCGCUAUCCUCCACUGUCAUCCCGCAGCCCCUGUGACGAGGGGCGCUGCGUCGAUGGAGGUUCUUUCGUUCCGGGCCACUGCCCGCCACAAGGCCAGCGUGCGCCAUUUUUCGAAAUCCUGGAGACAAUAUCACAAAGAAAACAACAAUGAAAAUAAUGCCAAGGGAGGCUUUGGGUCCCGACUACGAUUCGCCCUGCGGAACACCAAGGUGGAAUGGUACCCAAUCCCUGUCGGACUCGGCAUCGGCCUGCUAGGCCUGCUUCACUUCUACAAGUCACAACGCGCUGAGCGUGACCGUGUGGCUCGUGAAAAUGCUGGAGACGAGUGGGAAAACGGAGUCCGGCCGCCGCGUCGUCCACGAAUCGUGCCGACAGGCUCCUGGCAGGUUCAGUUCAUGUCCACCCUGCCCCUGAAGGCCAUGUCCAGACUAUGGGGUCGCUUCAACGAAAUCGAGCUUCCAUACUAUUUCCGUGUGCCCGGAUUCAAACUGUACUCGUGGGUCUUCGGCGUCAACCUGAGUGAGGUUGCGGAGCCUGACCUGCAUACUUACCCGAACCUGGCAGCCUUUUUCUAUCGCAAGUUGAAACCCGGCGUCCGGCCACUCGACCCCGAUAUUCACGCUCUCAUCUCACCUUCAGAUGGCCGCAUCCUACAAUUUGGAAUGAUCGAGCGGGGUGAGGUGGAACAGGUCAAGGGCAUGACAUACAGUCUGGAUGCUCUUCUGGGCUCUGCUACUCCUUCGCACGCCGACCACAGCAAGCGACUCACCGACUCGAGAACGGAUGAAAGCGAACAAGAUGUCGAGAACAUGAAAUCCGAUGAAGAGUUUGCCCGCGUGAACGGCAUCUCCUACACACUUCCCACCCUGCUGUCAGGUGACACCUCCACCAAGAGGCGAUCUUCGAUCGAUGCCUCCACCGCCUCCAAGGCAACCUCCGAAGCGCAGGUCCAGGAGGAGUUGGCUCUUGGAGAGGGUACUCCGUGGUAUACACCUCGAACAGCUCCCAACCACGCCCUCUUCUACGUUGUGAUCUAUCUGGCACCGGGUGAUUACCACCGAUUCCACUCACCCGCCCCAUGGGUGGUUGAGAGUCGUCGUCACUUCGCGGGUGAACUGUACUCUGUAUCUCCCUAUCUACAGCGCCAUCUUCCAGGACUGUUUACCCUCAACGAGCGCGUCGCGCUUCUUGGCCGUUGGCGUUGGGGAUUCUUCAGUUACACACCGGUUGGCGCCACCAACGUGGGCUCGAUCAAAAUCAACUUUGAUUCGGAGCUUCGCACAAACAGCCUGCUGACCGAUACGGCCGCGGAUUUGGCGGCAGCCUUGGCUGCUAAGCGGGGAGAGCAGGACCCCGGGUUUGCCGAGGCUACCUACCGCCACGCCAGUCGCACACUGGGAGGACACCCGUUGCAGCGUGGUGAGGAGAUGGGCGGAUUCCAGCUGGGCAGCACCAUCGUGCUUGUGUUCGAAGCGCCACUCGGCUCGCGCAAGUCCUUCGAUGCUGGUUGGCCAGAGGAUGAGAGACCGGAGGGAUGGACCUGGAGUGUUGAAAAGGGACAGCGGAUCAAAAUGGGAGAAAAGCUAGGCUUUGUCGCGGGAGUAUAG